GUUCGCAAACAGCCGCGGUCCACAACUCUGCCUUAUCUCUCCGUCGUUUUAAUUGCUGGCAAUUAAGCAAUGAGCCGCUCCCGUGUGCAAUUAACGGGGACAGCUCCAGGCGUGUGUGACUUCCUUAGUCGAGGAAUAGCUUCCCUCGAAUACUCUCGGCAGCGCGGCCUCCUUCGCCCCUUCCCACAUCUUGCUCCGCUUGCACUUCACUGCCUUCCCCGCCCUAUCCUCUCCCCUAGUAGGGCCCCUGGAGCUGGGCGAGAGGAAGCCGGAGAGCGCUCGCGCAAAGGCGACUCCAACGCGCGUAUUCUAAAGUAACUCUCUUGCAAGGGGCAAAAUAAAAGACUGAAUAAAAGAUCAUGGAUCUGCAACCAAAGGAAACUAAUCCCACACCACCACCUCCAGAAUAUUCAGGUCCAGUUUAUCCACCUCCGCAAGCCCAAUAUGGAUAUCCUCAGUAUGGACCUGCUGUUCCAGGUCAAGCAAAUCCACCUCCACCUAUCAUCUGGAUGCCACCACAACCUGAGAUCCCCAAGUGCCCUCCUGGAUUAGAAUAUUUCAGCCAGGUAUAUCCCUCUUAUUUUCAGUUUAUCCUACACUUAUUAGCUUACAUAACUUUGAAACAGCUUUUGAACUUAUCAGUGUUCCUUUUUUUUCCAGUGAUAAGUGGCUAUGAAACUUGUAAUAGGUAUGAAGUAAAAAAUGCCAUGGGGCAGUGGAUAUACUUUGCGGUGGAAGAAAAUGAUGACUACGCUCUGAAUUGUUACGGGCCUUUGAGACCGUUUACCAUAAAACUCUUUGACAGUAGAAACCAGCCAGUCAUACAAUUGUCAAGGGCUUUCCAAUGCUCCAUUUGCUGCUGUCCUUGUAUUUGCUGCCUGCAAGAGCUUGAAGUGCAGGCACCCCUAGGCAACAUCAUUGGAUAUGUGAAACAGAAAUGGCAUCCAUACCUACCAAAAUUUACUAUCCAAAAUGAGGCCAGAGAAGAUGUUCUUAAAAUUACUGGACCUUGUGUGCCAUGCCAAUGCUUUCAGGAUAUUAAUUUUGAGGUAAAGUCACCCUCCAUUUCUUUAUUUAUUA